AUGAUUUCCAGCCUCUAUGGCAGCUCAGUCCUAUUGAUCUGUCAGUGGUACACUGAAAUGUGUCUUUUAUCUCCAUCUCCGUCCCAGGGCAAGGUCCACGUACUGCUGGUCUCCUCCUGGAGGUCCGGCUCAUCCUUCCUGGGCCAGGUUUUCAAUCAGCACCCGUCCGUCUUCUACCUGAUGGAGCCGGCGUGGCACGUGUGGAGGAAGAUGCACAUGCGGGGGGCCCAGGAGCUACGCAUGGCCGUGCGAGACCUUCUACGACAGGUGCUGAAGUGUGACAUGUCCAUCAUGAAGUCGUACAUGGGCCCCCACGCCAAGACCAACCACCUGUUUUUCUGGACCCACAGUCGGGCACUCUGCUCUCCGCCCCUCUGCACCGCCAAGCAGGGGGAGUGUCACAAGAAGUGUGGCGGCAAGCCCUUGUAUUCGGCCGCGGACGCCUGCAGGAAGCACUACUCGCACGUGGUGCUCAAGACGGUCCGCAUCUUCGAGCUGGAGUCGCUGUAUCCGCUGCUGCGCGACCCGACGCUGGACCUGCGCAUCCUGCACCUGGUGAGGGAUCCACGGGCCGUGUGGAGGUCGCGCAGACGCGUCAGAGCCGACCUGUUCAGAGACAGCCGGAUACUACUGCAGCACCAACGCGGCCUGGUGGGAAUCGAGGAGGAUUACAAGGCCAUGGAGACUAUUUGCCGGAGUCACGUGCGGAUCUACCGGACCGUGUUUCCACAAAGUCCGCUCAACGACAACGAUACGCACCUACUACCACCGCUACCGAGCCACACCCGUUACAAGAUGGUGCGCUACGAGGACAUAGCUAACGACCCACUUGGACAGGUGGAGGACAUCUACCGCUUUGUGGGGCUGAACAUGACGAAGGAGCUUCACAGCUGGGUCCACCUCUCCACGCACCGCAGGAGUUCUUCUCGCGGUGCGUUCGGGUCCGACUCGAGGGACAUGAAGUACGUGGCACAGGUGUGGAGGAGCUCGCUGCCUCAUGGGGAGGUGCAGAGGGUGCAGGAGGCCUGCAGGGAGGCCAUGGCCUUGUUAGGGUACCGCGCCGUGGACAGUGACAAAGACCAGAGGCAGCUCGGACAAGACGUGCUGCUGCCUCUUGAACACAAGAACUUGACACUCCCCGAAUCUGAGAAGCAAGAGCAAAUCCUUUGA